AUGAAGACACAGAGUUCAUCCACCCCUGGUCCCAUUUCCUCUCCGAACAUCCCCCUCCGCAGGAAAACAUUGCAAAAUAGCACACCAAGAACCCCUCCGAAUGCACGCAUGGUAUCUCCACCAGAAGCUCCACGUCAACGUAGAUUUCUUCGCUCAGGAGUAGCCCAGCAAUCAAACGGCUCAUCUACAACUCCGUGCAACUUUGGAGGUAGAUUGAAUGCCAGAACUUUUAGUCCGACACCACGCCAUAGACAGAAUAGGAGAGAUGCACGCUCUCGUUCACCUCCAAGAGAUCGCGAGCCUGCAUACCGAAGCCGAUCCCCGGUAAACGACCUUCUUUUUGGCGGACAAUUCACUCAACAGUCAUUGAUGGGAUCUUUUUUGGUUGAAUCUAUUGAACAAGACACAGUUUUGAACAAUGAACAACCUUCCAGCUCAUACGAUAUGAAUGAGCGAUCUCAGAGUAUGCCAUCCCUCGUAGAUACCGAGCGCAAGGAGCUAGCUUCUGGAAACAAAUCGUCUGGACUACCAGAGAAUAAGACUACUCGGACGAAAGCAAAAGAUAUCGAUGCAGGUAGUUACAAAAAGCCAUCCAAAGAUUUUAAUGACGAGGAGCGUAGGUUCUGGGCAGAGAAAUCUUCAAAAUAA